AUGGCGUUGUCGCAUGGCGUCUUCCGCUUGUUGCCGUGGACCUCGAGCUUGGGGGUCAACAAGUUAACACCAGAGAUGCUGGUCAGCCCGACUCAACACAAGUCGCCCGUAAUGGGGAGCGCGCCUCUUCAGUUGCUGAAACGGAAACGAAGCGACAACCAUGAGAUAUUCACCGUCGUAGACGAGCCACCGCCAUCGAAACGUCGCAUCGAUAUCCCUAACCAAGCGGAAGUUACUGAAUGCAACAGUGCAAGAGUGGCAACACCAUCCAGCAUUGAAGCCGCUCAGAGUCCAACCCCAGCAUCCGUCCCUACCCAGGCAACGUCCGUGCUACAGCCUCAUACGAACCCCAGCAUGGACGAUCAUGGAAUCCCUCCUCAAAAUGCUAACAAUAUCCCCGCGAAACAAACAAAUAGAGAUGUGAACAUCUUGCGCCAGACUUUGGAUGCGCAGCUCAGCUUGGAGGUGCUCUUGAAACAUAAUGAACUUCGUCUGAUCGACCAGGAGAUUGCGAAGUGCCAAAUUGCCUUGGAACAGUUACGCCGGUGUACAGAAAUCCCCUAUCCCGCAUCAAGUGCACAUGGAUUUUCGCACUCGGUCAGUGAUGGCUCAGGAUACGCAAUUCCCUAUUCAGGAACCGGGCCGCCACCCACCUCGCCCGCCCCUUGGGGUGUGGUGGAUGGACCCUAUUCUCGCCAUUAUGCCAAGUGGUUGCUUCCUGACCCACGUUUCGAUGGUGGCGAAUCUCCUGACUUACCCUUACCCAACUCUGCGGCUUGGGAUGGACGCUCUACUCGCGGAUCUUUCACUGAGAACGGUUAUGUUGCAGGCAAAUCGCGUGCCCAGAGAGGCAGCGUAAGCACCAGGCUACAAUCUCUACCAAAUGGGUACCCUGUCCCCAAGGAGAAAGCUGGACCCAUGGUCAUCAAGCGGAAGAGCGACAAUAAACUGGUCAAGUUGGUUUGUCUUGAUUGCCGGCGUUUCGAUUUCUCCAGUACCCAAGGCUUUAUCAAUCAUUGCCGUAUCGCACACAGCCGUACCUUUGCCAGUCAUGAUGCGGCUGCUGAAGCAUGCGGAGAGCCAGUGGAUGUCGAUGAGGCCGGGUCAAUUAUUGGUGGUCCUACGGCUGAGCCGUCUAUUAUCUCUACCCCUGGGUCCGUUCAUCCUCUGAUUCGAUCGGCGCAUAUAAUUGAAAAGACACCCAAAACCACACCAGGUCCUUCUGAAGACCAACCAAGCAAUUUGAAUCAAACGCCUAUUGCAAUGGUUGAGAAGACAACGAAGAAGAAAGGACACAAUGUUACUCCGCCAUCGUCUUUUAAAGCAUCGCCCGACACACCCCAUCUCUCUACUAUGAUGGCUGUCCUUGGCUCGAAGCUUAACUUGGAUGAGAUUGUGGGCGAUGCCAAGAAGACCGUUGACUUGAGCGAGUUUCUAUCAGAGGGCGAAUCCGAAGAUGAGGACGAGCCUAGUUCCGAUGAGCCAAAGGCUGUUUCAGGCGCGAGAUUACCUGCUCGCACAACCAUGCCUCAGGCCGCUAUUCAGCGGCCCACCAGUAGCAAGAGACAUGAAGCAAGCAUGUCCCGUGGCUUGGAUGUCUCUACGCCGACCAAGGUUACACCUUAUUCACAACCUCAGUUCUCUCAAUCUACCUCCCUACCAAGUGCUUUACAGUUGAAUGGAUCAGGUACUACGGAUGUAGUUCGUAUUGACGAGAAUCUCAGUCCUGUCACGGUAGAGUCAAAUCAGGCGCCCAGUCUGGUGAGCGAUAACGAGGACGAGUACGAGGCCGUUUCCGACUCAGAAAGUCUCAGCUCAAGGCCAUCGAAUGAUGGUCAUGAUGAUGACGAGAUGGACGAUGUUGAGGUAGAAGAUGACGAAGGCACGACGAAUAAAACAAGGCAUGAAGUGUCUAGUCUAAAGCGCAGUCAGGGCAAAAAGGGCGACCGUGUUCUUCCACCAGCAAUUGUCUCAUUGGACCAAAGCCGCAACCGCUCUCAACGUGUUAGCUUUGCCGGCGAUGAGAAUUCGCCAUCCAAAUCCAAGAAAGCCGCGGAUCCGAAGAAGCGUCAUUAA